UCGGCGGGUACACCACACUCGAUGCGAGAGCCGUCACAGAUUUUAUCUCCGGGCGGUAUGCGUAUGCAAAUGCAACAGCAGCAAAUGGGAAUGUGCAUGCCAGGCCGUUCUCCAUUGGGCAGUCCAGGCAGUAUGCAUCCACCGCCGUCACCGUAUUUGGCCCGACCUCCGUCAAAUACAUCACCAUCAGCAGGCGCACCCCCCUACAUGCAACCGCAACCUCCUCAAGGAGCAGCUAUGCACUAUGGUGGAAAUCCGAUGCAAUCGAUGCAACAACAAACGUCGUCAGGUAGAUAUGCAUAA